AUGGUCACAUCAGAAGAUAACAACGUCUCAACUAAACCAUACCAUGGUUCUGUUUCCAAUGAAGACCUUAGCAAAAUAUGGUGUUGGAAUGCCGUGGUACCGGAGCCUAUCGAUGCCUGUGUACACCAAAUUAUCUCCGAGAGGAUCGUCCGCGAACAUCAAGCAGUAUGCGCAUGGGACGGGAGCCUCACUUACGGAGAACUGGACGAUUUCUCCUCUCGUCUAGCCAACUACUUGAUCACGUUUGGGGCGAGGCCAGAAACUGUUGUACCAUUGUGCUUCGAAAAGUCCAUGUGGAUGCCUGUGGCGAUGAUGGCCGUGAUGAAGGCUGGUGCGGCAUCGUGCGCGGUAGAUGUGACCCAGCCAGAAGCAAGACUCGAAACUAUAAUGGGACAAAUCAUGCCAGAAAUCAUUCUGACUUCGAAGCAAAGUAAGGAUCUUGCAAGCCGCAUAUCACAUACAGGUACCAUUGUGACACUCGACAAGGCAAGCCUGGAUCGGCUACCCAUGUCAACACCUAAUCUACGAUCAACGCUAGUCGGGCCCGACAAUGCUCUAUACUUGGUCUUCACUUCGGGAAGCACAGGCACACCCAAAGGCGUUAUCAUCACACAUCGCAACUUUAGUAGCGCCCUAGUCCACCAAACCGAAAGGUUGGGAUUCAAAAGAAGCUCGAGGGUGCUCGACUUUGCCUCCUACGCCUUCGAUGCAGCGUGGUACAAUGUCCUGCACACCUUCUACGCCGGCGGUUGUCUUUGUAUCCCCUCAGAGGAGUCUCGCUACAACGACCUAUCUAGGUCCAUCUGCCAGCUUCAACCAAACUUUGCAAAUUUGACGCCAAAGAUAUGCGGUUUGCUUGAUGAAGCGGCGUUAGGCAUCCUGAAUACGAUUGAGCUAGCUGGAGAGGCGGCGGAUCCGUUCCAGGUCGCUCGAAUGCGAUCAAAGACUACGGUGCGCUUUGCAUAUGGCCCUUCCGAGUGCUCAAUCCUCAGUACCGUAUCGACUGACACGGCAACCUGCUCAAACUUGGGACAUGGCCUUGGCGUACGCGUGUGGAUUGUGGAUGGUGAGGAUGAUUCUAUGCUAGCGGCCGUCGGGUCGGUUGGAGAACUGUGGGUCGAAGGUCCAUUGGUAGGUCGAGGGUACUUUAAUGACGAGACCAAGACGUCGGAAGCCUUUGUUGAGGACCCCUCUUGGCUGGCGCGAGGAGGGCCUGGAUAUCCAGGCCGCCUUGGGCGUCUGUAUAGAACCGGGGAUUUGGUACGCUAUGAUAAUUCCAACGAUGGCUCCCUGCUUUUCGUCGGUCGGAAGGACGCACAAGUCAAAAUCCGUGGGCAGCGAGUCGAACUGGGCGAGGUUGAACAGCAGAUACUCGAGCGCCUGCCAACAGCUUGGAAAGUUCAACUUGUAGUGGACAUGGUGAAGCCCAAAGAGAGCGAAAACCCCAUGCUUACUGCCUUUCUCGUCAGCCCCGACGCAUCCCAGGCGACCAUUGAGCACGUACAGGAGGACUUGAUGCAGGCACUUCCUAUAUACAUGAUUCCCUCUUUCUUCUUACCAGUGGAUGAGAUACCCAUGACCCAGACAGGAAAGACAGAUCGACGGAAGCUACGGCAAUGGGGAGCUGGGUUCACAGUGAGGCAGCUAUCUGACAUGAACCUGACACGGGCGCCUUGGAGACCACCAGAGUCGACAACGGAGAAGCAACUUCAAAGAUUAUGGGCAGCCGUCCUGAAUAUUGAUGUCUGUACUGUGAGUGCAGAUGACAAUUUUUUGCGAAUAGGAGGCGACUCGAUCGGAGCUAUGCGGCUUGUAGUAGCAGCACGAGAGGAAAAUCUUUCUCUUCAGGUUGCCGACGUCUUCAAGCAACCAAGACUACGUGAUCUGGCGAGAGUCGCAAAGCUGGAAUCAUCACUGGAGACAGACGGAAUCACCGUGGCGCCAUUCUCGCUCCUUGGCCGUGACAUGGAAUCACUUCGCAAGAUAGCCUCGGAUCAAUGUGGCGUACCUGUGUCACAGGUCGAGGACAUUUUCCCAUGCACGCCACUUCAAGAAGGAUUGUUGGCCCUAAGUGCUAAGAAGCCCAACAGCUAUAUGGUUUUUGUCAAUCGAGAAAUGCGAGCUGGCGUUGACCUAGGCCGCUUCAAGGCAGCGUGGGAGAGAGUCGUGGCGCUUUCACAAGGACUACGUACACGUAUUGUCGACCUUGGAAGCCAUGGCCUCAUGCAGGCAGUGAUUGAUGAAGGGAUAGAAUGGAUAUCCGCGGCACAGUGCGAUAAUAAACGUGCCAUGGGACUCGGAACACCAUUGACACGAAUUGAGGUGGUCACAGAGUCCGAAAAUAACAGAAGGUUGUUUCGAUUGACAAUACACCACGCCAUGUGCGACGGCUGGUCCGUACCUUUGGUGUUUGACAUGGCCAUGAGGAUAUACCAGGGUGAAUCGAUGCCACCUCCCCCACCAUUCCAAGCGUUCAUCAACCAUGUCCAGAACCUUGACAAAGCCCAGGCAAGGAAUGUCUGGCGUCAACAAUUCCAGAACAUGGAAGCUCAAGUCUUUCCCCAAUUGCCGACUGCCACAUACCAACCACAGGCAGAUGGAGAAAUUGCACACCUCAUUCUGGAUCUGCGGUGGCCGAGCAGAAACUCAACCCCGGCGACUUUGAUCAAGGCGGCAUGGUCGAUUCUGACUGCUCAGUAUACGAGCUCGUCUGAAGCCCUCUUCGGCAUGACCGUGACGGGCAGGCAAGCGAAUGUGCCUGGCGUGGAACUAAUGACAGGGCCAACAGUUGCGACUGUACCAGUUCGGAUACAGCUGGAUCGCAAUCAGACUGUGGAGCAGCUAUUGCAAUGCAUCCAAGAGCAGUCGCUGGAUACGAUGGCAGUGGAGCAGAUGGGCUUGCAAUGGAUACGAAGCAUCUGCGCAGAAUCAGAGCGAGCUUGCCAGUUUCAGACCCUCAUCGUGAUUCAGCCCCCAAGCCGCAAACCAACGCAGCCAGAUCAGCUGUUCGAAGCGGGCUUCGAAGGUACUUGGGGGCUUGGUACUUUCAAUCCGUAUGCACUAUUGCUUGAGUUCCAGCUUCAAAGUGAAGGUGUACUGCUGCGAGCUAGCUUUGACUCGAACAUUGUUGCGAGAAGCCAGAUGCAGAGAAUCAUUGACCAAUUUGAGACUGUUUUGCGACAGCUGUGCAUCCCUGGAAAGGGGAGCAAGUGCCUCUCGACGAUUGAAACAAUGAGCGCGCAGGAUCUAGGGAGCCUGUGGAGCUGGAAUGCAUCCGUACCACAGCCGCUGGAUAGGUGCGUACAGGAUAUCGUGUCCGAGACUGCGUCAAAGCAGCCCGGCGCCGUGGCAAUAAGCGCGUUCGAUGGGGACCUUACGUACAGCGAGCUGGAGAUGAAAUCGGACUGGGUAGCCGCCAAGCUAUAUGAGUUUGGGUUUGAGCCGGGAGUCGUGGUACCGUUGUGCUUCGAGAAGUCUCAAUGGACACCAGUCAUGAUGCUUGGGGUUUUGAAAGCAGGAGGAACCUUUACUCUGCUAACGCCAUCGCUUCCACGUGCCAGGCUGGCUGCUAUAUUGGAUGCCGUCAGGCCAAAAGUGGUCAUCACAUCGCUGGAGCACAGGGAUCUUUUUGGAACCACACCUACGCUUUGCCCUGGAGAUCUUGUUCUUGAAGAGCGAGGAGUGACAUCAAAUUCGCUGCCCUACCGCGGCAGCUUGUCUACCCCUGUUGCCGUACAAUUUACUUCUGGCACAACUGGCAAGCCAAAAGGGAUCCUGUUAGGCCACGCUUGCAUUUCAACAACAGCAUUCCGGGCCGCCCAGCAGUUCAGCGUAGGGCCCCACACGCGACUGUUCCAGUUUUCGUCGUACUUGUUUGAUGUCAGCAUCUACGACACAUUUAUUGCCUUGACGUCUGGAGCCUGUCUUUGUAUUCCAUCCGAAUACGCUAGGGAGAAUGAUCUCGCCGCAUCACUUGUAGAGUCCCGGGCAAAUUGGGUGUUCCUGCCUCCAUCUGUGGCAAGGACCAUCCCCACGGAUUCUGCUCGCAAUCUCCAGGCGCUGGUACUUGGAGGUGAGGCCGUGACGGACGCUGAUGUUGCCAAGUGGGCUGACGAGGUGAAUACUUUCAAUUGGUACGGUCCUGCCGAGUGCGCACUUUCUUGUCAGACACCUGUAAAACGUUCAGCAUGGAACACUGGCUCUAUCGGGUCCAACUUCUUCUGCAAUUGCUGGGUUGUCGAGAGGGAAAACCCAAGUGCCCUCGCACCAAUCGGUGUAGUCGGAGAACUGGUUUUACAGGGACCUGGACUCAUGAGGGGAUACCUGGAUGACGAGGAAAAGACGGCGGCGGCAUUCAUCGUUGACCCUCCGUGGCUCCUACGCGGCGCCCCUGGCCAUCGCGGUCGCAGAGGCCGCCUCUAUCGAACGGGCGACCUAGCCCGCUACAAUUCAGAUGGAACACUGACGUACAUGGGUCGUAAAGACUCCCAAGUGAAGCUGAGAGGCCAGCGAGUCGAGCUGGGAGACAUCGAGCACCACGUACUGCUUAGUCUCGUUGCUCUAGGCUCGACGGCCACUCAGGUCGUGGCAGAGGUGAUUACACCAAAGGGCACAAGCAAUGAAAUGCUUGCGGCCUUUGUAGAAACUGAGCAGGCUAGUUUUGGCGCGCGCGAAGGUCUGCGACUUGUUGAUCACAGCCUUACGGUCAGCUUGGGGCAUAAACUCGUCGACAUACUACCACGCCACAUGAUCCCAGCAGCCUACUUGGCGAUCAAGACCAUUCCUAUAACCCCAAAUGGCAAACUGGAUCGGAAGAAACUUCGUACGAUUGGCAGCUUACUCGAACUGGAGCAGCUCACAACUCCUGUAUCUGCGGCACAAGCUGAACACCAGCGACAGCCCGAGACAAACGCAGAGAGACAAUUGCAGAAGCUUUGGGGCGCUAUUCUCGGGACCAAAAAUCAGAUUGGCACUGAAGAUAAUUUCCUGCAGAUAGGUGGCGAUUCAAUUGCGGCAAUGCGCCUCGUCUCAGCAGCGCGUAAAGAAGGCUUGUCGUUCACGGUCUCCGAAGUGUUCAAGAAGCCGCGCCUUUGCGACCUUGCUAGAGCGGCACGUCCUGUUGGCAAGGCAGUGAGAGCAAACGUGGAACGGUUUUCGCUCUUGCAAAACAAGCUCCGCCAAGAUACCUUUCUUCACGAAGAGCUUCCUCGCCAUCUUUGUUCGUCAAAUUCCGUGAUAGACUGCUUUCCGGUCACAUCUUGGCAAACUGCUUGCGUUGAUCUUGCGAGAAGGACUCCCCCACGACAAUGGUCACAUUUCAUAUUCGAUCUUCCUGCUGGUUAUACAAGGUCGGAUGCAGUCAAGGUCUGCGGGUUCCUGUGGGAUAACAUGGAGAUCCUGCGAGUCAUAUUCGUCGAGCAUCAAGGCACAUACUACCAGGUCCUGACAGAAGCACUGCCCCCAACGAUUCUGCACUACUCAACCACGGGGACGACUCACGACAACAUUACAUCAAGAGUCUGCGAGGACGAUCUCCAACAUGCUGGAGUCCUCGGUACGCCUUUUACGCGCUUCAGUGUCCUUGCAAGCCACGAAGACCCGCCACGAAUAAUCCUGCGCUUGUCACAUGCCCAGUAUGACAGCACAACACUGCUGCACGCGAUGCGCAUUCUCGUAUCGUUCCUAGGAAACGAAACAAAGCCACGAUUGGUUAAUUUUCCCUCCUUUCUUCAACAUGCAGCCAGCAACGAAAGAUCGUGUCGAACCUAUUGGUCGGGGGUACUCCGGUCCUCAAAAGUCUCUAAACUCAAGUCUGACAAGAGAGGGGACAGGACAAGCAGCAGCUCAACUGCUAUUGCAGUGCAUAAGACGUUCUCCAUGCCUCGUUCGUCCACUGGCUUCACCCCUGCAACCAUGUUUACUGCUGCUUGCGCCUUAUUCCUAGCCAGAGCCACCGGAACCUCGGAUGUUACCUUUGGAAGACUAGUGUCCGGACGAGCCAUGCUACCCGUCCACGUACGAGACACCAUCGGGCCAUGCGUGAAUAUUAUCCCUGUUAGGGUGACCCUCGAUAGCGAGUUCUCGUGGCAACAAGCGUCGGCCUCGGUCCACGAGCAGCAUGCUGACAGUCUUCCAUAUGAAACAAUCGGGUUUGACAAAAUCGUCAGUGAUUGCACGGAUUGGCCUUCAGACGUCAAGUCGUUUGGCUGCGUAACGCACUAUCAAGAUCUUGGUGAUGCCGAGGCACAAUCUGCGGGUAUCAAUCUCCAAAUCAAAUCGUAUAAGGGCAGUUCUGCGCUGGGGCGACUGAUGGGAGAUAACGUGCUUAUGAUUUCUGCCAGGCCGACAGGAGGUCAUCUGGAAGUGGAACUUGCAACUGCUGGUGGGCACUACACAGUGAACCAGCUUCAAGACUGGAUCAAUUCUCUGGCCGCCAUUAUGGAGACGGAGAAAUAUCAUAGCAACGGCGUUACAAAUCGCUCGCUGAUCGAUCCGGCUUCCGAGCACUAG